AUGCCAACAACACAAAAACGACAACGUAGUAUUUCGAAAUCGAACAUACAUGAUGGAACAAGUUCUACAACUGAAUCUACUAAACAAAUUCGAAUUAUUAAAACUCAAAGUCGAUUACGAAUGUUAGUUGAACAUUUACCAAAUGGACGAAAAAGUUUACAUUUAAAAGGUAUGGAUACAUUAGUAAUACCAAGUGAAUUAUAUGAAUUAACUGAUUUGGAUAUACUUGAUAUAACACCUGAAUCAAAAUCUGGAAUGAAUUAUACAUUAUCACGUGUUCCAACUGAUUUUCGUUUAUUAAUUAAUCUUAAAUGUUUACAUUUAGAUAAUAAUAAUAUUGUUUCAUUUCCAAAUGAAAUUGGUGAAUUAUAUCAUUUAGAAAUUUUAACAGCAAGUAAUAAUCAUUUAACAACAUUACCUGAUCAAAUACGUCAAUUACAAAAUUUACAAUCAUGUCAUUUAUCAAAUAAUAAAAUUGAAGAAAUGCCAUUAUGUUUAUGUUAUUUAUCAAAAUCAUUAUUAUUUCUUGAUUUAUCAUAUAAUUAUUUACGACAAUUACCAUCAAGUAUACAUAAUCUUAAACAAUUACGUACAUUAUUAUUACUUGGAAAUCAUAUUAAAAUUUUACCAGAUGCAAUAUGUCAAUUAUUAAAAUUAGAAACAUUAUGGUUAGGUGAUAAUAAAUUAAAAGAAUUACCAAAAAAUUUUUCACAACUUAAACAUCUUGAUUGGCAUUAUCAUUGUGAAUUAUCAUCAAAUUUUGAAGGAAAUCCACUAGAAAAUCCACCAUUAAAUGUUUGUCGAAAAGGUAUGGAAGCUAUUGAAGAAUAUUUAAAAAAGACACAAAAAUAA